AUGAAAUUUGCUAUUUAUCAAAGUUGGUGCUUAUUGCUGGUGAUUCUUUCGCUCUUGCAAUUUACUCUUGGAGAUGAUGAUGAUGUUAUUAAGUGUGAUAAAGACAACAAGUGCCCUAAGUCGGCACCUUGUUGUUCGCAAUAUGGACAAUGUGGGACCGGGGCUUUUUGUUUGGGGGGAUGUGAUGUUAGAUUUUCGUACAGUUUAGAAGCCUGUAUGCCUAUGCCACGUAUGUCUGACUUUAAUACGUCAUUUACAUCAACCAAACAGCUUCAAAAACAAAACGAGUACUUGGGAAACUCAUCUGAAACAGAUUGGCUUUAUACGGGAUAUAUCGACACACAUGACGAUGCGUUGUUAUUACAAAUGCCUAACCAUACAUCGGGUACUGUUAUUUCGUCGUCUAAGUACUUGUGGUACGGAAAAGUGUCUGCCAAGUUGAAGACUUCUCGUGACGGGGGUGUUAUUACUGCUUUCAUUUUGUUCUCUGAUGUGCAAGAUGAAAUCGAUUUUGAAUACGUUGGUUACGACUUGACUCAUCCACAGUCAAACUACUAUCACCAGGGUAUCUUAAAUUACAACAAUGCCGAAAACUCGACCUCUUCCAAUACUUACAAGAAUUAUCACACCUACACUAUCGACUGGCAAGAGGACAAGAUCGACUGGUACGUCGACGACAAAAAGGUUCGUACGUUAGAAAAGAAGGACACCAAGAAUGAAACCACUGGUCAUUAUGAUUAUCCUCAGACCCCAUCUCGUAUUCAAAUGUCGUUAUGGCCAGGUGGUGCCAGCUCGAACGGUCUCGGUACCAUUGAAUGGGCCGGUGGUGAAAUCAACUGGGACUCCACCGACAUUAAGAAGACUGGAUACUACUACGCUUACUUGAAGGAGGUUGAAGUCACAGCUUAUGAUUUGCCUGAUGACGUAGAGCUCGACGGCGAUGAAGAUCCCGAUGAAUUGCAUGCUUUCCUCUUCAACUCUACCGACGGAAACAUGGAAAACAUCUUCUUGACCGACAAGAAAACCUGGUUAGGAAACGGUGACGCGACUGGUCUCGAUCCCGAUAACAAAAAAAAGAAGAGUUCCAAGUCGAGCUCGAAGUCCAAAUCCAAGUCAGGCUCUAAGGGUAGUUCUACCUCCAAAACCAUAGCUGUUCCUACCGAUCCAAAGGCCACUAUUGGAAAUGCCGACGACGGUGCUGCCACCUACAAUCCUAGCGGAGGCAUUGGUGGGUUUGUCCAAAGCUCAAAAAAAACAGAUGAUUCAUCUGGAUCUUCUUCAAGUUCUAAUGACUCCCCAGCCUUUAAUAUUGCCACCACCUUAGGAGUUGUUUCUGCCACCAUGUUUGGUGUUAUCUCCUUGUUCUUCUAG